UGAGCGUUCAACGCCCCUGUCUCGAUUUUUGUCACCGUCGCUUUUGUUAUCAAGUUACGAACUUAGAAUAUGUUACUUGUAAAGUAAGCUAAUAAGAGCAUUAGAAUCAUUGAAAUUAGCGUCAAUCUCUGCACAUUUGCUCAUUAUGACGACACGCAGGUGUGACUAACUUCGAACCACAGAUUAUUCAGUUUAUCAGAGGACUUUAUCAUUUAUUUUUCGACGUUUUGUGAGACUGUCGCGUAUUAUUUAAAAUAUUUCCUAAAUAAUGACUUGUCUGUCUUUUGUUUAGUUUAUUUAUAAAACCGGUUGACAAUUUUAUAAAUGUUUUAUUAUUUUGUGUGUAAAUAUAAAAAGUGAUUUGUGUUUAUUGUAAUUAUGGCUGUUGAUAGACUGAUAUGGAAGAUAGCAUUGGAUUUCUUUGUCCUACUUUGUGUGGCGUUUCCCUUGCUGGGCUUGCUGUUGUGGGCGGAGCCUUACCACCGCGGCUACUUCGCUGACGACCACUCGCUACGGCUACCAUACAAACAGCAACAAAUCUCAGAAGGCCUGCUCGCGGGACUGGGCUUCGCUUUCAUUAUUGUUACGGUUGUUAUAACAGAGUUUAUUCGGGACAAGCGCGGGAAUAGUGCAGGCGAGAAGUUCGUCAGUGGAUGGCUUGUGCCGGGCUGGGCGUGGGAGAGCUACGUGACGGUCGGGGUGUACACAUUCGGCGCGGCCUGCCAGCAGCUCACUGUCAACGCCGCUAAAUACGUCAUCGGGAGAUUGAGACCACAUUUCUUUGAUCUAUGCAGGCCGAUCCCUAACUCGUCGUCUCCAUUGAACGCGCUGGGCUACAUCCAGGCGUACUCCUGUUCAGGGGCCAGUGCUGCACAGCUCAAGGAGAUGCGACUCAGUUUCCCCAGCGCGCACGCAAGCUUCGCUAUGUACACCGCUGUCUUCUUUAUUUUCUACAUCCAGGUGAAGGGCAAGUGGCGCGGCUCGAAGCUGUUACGUCACGGCUGUCAGUUCGCUGCACUAAUCGCUGCCUGGUACGUGGGACUGUCGCGAGUUGUCGACCACAUGCAUCACUGGAGCGAUGUCGCUGUCGGAUUCCUCGUGGGAUUCGCUUUUGGUGCUAUUGUAUUCGUGUACAUCUUGAAACCGAAGAAAUACGGUAUACCGCGUUCCUGGGAGACGGGGCCUCCUGAAAUGCUGCCACAGCCUGUUAUGUCCCGAUGACUACGAGCACAAGUUCUAUCUUAAUGUAAUGAAACACUCACGACCUUAACCAAAAGGCGCAGACAAUGUUCUAGUGUUAUGCCAUAUUUGUAUAUUGACUUGAAUAAAACUGUGUAUUUUUAUUAAUUUAUAUAAUGAACACUUUAUAAAAGGAAUUUACGAAACAUUAAUUUAACCAAUUAAUAAGACUUAGUGCGCACUCAGAGUUUAAUAGCCAAUGUAGUCAAUUAAGUACUUGUUAUCACUAAAGUUUUUAACUGUAUUUGUGUAGAAGUAAAAAUGAAUGAUAAUGAUAAAAUAAAUUUGAAUAUUAAUAGGCAUUUAAUUCUAAAUGAAAACCAUUCCAGCCUUUAAAUACAAGACUCGCAUUUGGUUUUGAAACCUCGAAAUUUGAUUCGUCCUAUCGUCUUCUGACCUAAGACGAUAAGAGACCUAAAUGUAACUUAUUCACUAGCGAAUAAUUACUGAAAUAUCCGUAUAAAUACAAUUUAUUAAGACUACUACACAUCUUCAGGACAAUAGACAAAAAUUUAAGUGUCGUUUAAAUUUUACCAGCCUUAUAAAUAAACACGGUAUAAAGUUAAACUUUGGAAUAAACUGAGUAUAAGCAAAAUUUGUACUAUUCAAUUUAUUUCUAAGUUUAAGUUUAUACCGCGUUUAUUUGUAAGGCUGUAUAAAUUCUGUUUUGCCUACCCACUUAUUAACUGCACAUGUAUGCUGUGCAGUUUACAAUUUUUUUCAAACAUGACUGUAUUUGUGUGAGAAAUUUGACAGUAAAGUAAACGAUAUAAAGAGAAACCGAUUUUAGUCCCUUUCUUGUCCCACCUUUUCUUAUAAAAAAUGGAUUGGAUGGGAAAGUGGAUUUGACGGUGGAUGAGA